AUUCAUCCAUAGAAUCACUUGAAUGAUACAUAGCCAUCAAACAACAUGGCCCAAAACUCAGAACAAGCAACAACUCCACUACUGAGCGAAGAGCACUCAGACUCUGAUUUGGCUUCUUUGUCCGGAUCAACCGUUUAUAGUGACCCACCGGUUCAUGAAGGAAAGAUAGACGCAAAAGCGGAUACUGAAAGUUUACCUGAAUAUACGGAAUAUGAACCUACUCACCUUGAAAAAGGUGGUCUGCUGGCAGAAGAGGAGGUAGGACAUAACAAUAAUGAGGAAGAGGAUAGGUGCAAGCGACGGGGAUGUAUUCGUCGUCGGUGUCGGCGGGCAUCGGGUCCAUGUGCUGAUAGGAAGAGGCGAGUACGGAGACAUAUCCUGAUGUUUAUUAAAGCGAUUAUGCUGUUUGGGUGUUUCUCAUUUUUGGUUACGAGGAUGUGUUUGAGACAUCGACGGGCAGAAAAACUACCUGUCUUCUCGAACCAUCCCUCAGAAGAGUUCGGUACCGGUCGAGAAAUCAUCCUCGACCAAGGAUCACAAGCCAUCUUUGGUCGUUAUCCUCUAUAUGACUUGCUUCACCUGAAAACUACAUCAGGUAGCGUCAAUAUCGUCGUUGAUCCUCAACCGGCCGACCCUAAGAAACCCGGCGAACCAGCUCGGCUUGUUAUAGAAACUACAUCUGGUUCUGUUUCGGUGGCGUUUUUGCAGCAUAGUAUCGAUACCAUGGCCACAUUUGAAAACGGCGAUAUUAAGAAAGUCGACGGCAUUAUUGAUCUUGACUACUUGAAGAAUUCGGGGGCUACCGGUAUUUCACAAGUCACGGGCCAGAUACCCUAUCGUCCGUACGAGGUCGAGGUCAAGACGCAGAGCGGCUCGAUCAACGGCAGAUUCAUAUUUACUACUUCUGCCCUUUUAGAGUCUGACGCGGGACACAUUGCAGCUUCAUUUGUGCCCGUUGUCUCGCCUGAUGAGUUUGUCCAUGCCACUCUGACCACCGACACGGACAGUGGCGCUCAACAAAUCUCUCUGAGUGAACCACUCAUCAUCGAUGCCUCCGGCAAGACAUACCCCGGUGACACAGGACUAUCAAAAACUUCGGCAUGGCACACCAGUAAUUCCGGACAUAUACAAGUCAGCUACCCGCAUUCCUGGGCCGGAAAUGUCGAAGCAGUCUCCUCUAGCGGCUGGACCGCUCUCAAGGGAGACAACCUUCAAGUCAUUGAGCAUUCUCGAGGACAUGCCGUGGGCAUCAAGCAGCCCAACAAUGAUGACGACGAUAGACAGCCCAAAUGGUGGGGGAGCCGCGGCGAUAUGGAAGUUGCUUUAGAGUCCUCGGGCUCUGGUUCUAUUGAGUUUUGUCUCAAGGAUCGCUCGUACCCGGUGUAUGAGGAGGAGUCUGAAGGAGUUGAAGUUUACAUCCUUGGCGAUAAUUGAAUAUGCGGACGCUUGAGCUGGAUGUCAUCGCGCCGGUCUCCAAAUUGUAUCUUCAUGACCAAUGAUUCGUUUCUUAUGAAUGAAAUAUAUUGUUAGUGCAUAAGC